GCCUGACCUCUCGCCUUUCUCCAGCCCCUUGUACCGUGACUCCAGCCCAAGCCCUUUCACCACGGCACAACCCCAACCUCACCCUGACCUAUCAAACUGCCUACCCUUCAACCUCCCCACAUCCUGUCCAAACCCCCAUAAUCCCAGCAUAAUCCUAACCUGUUCCCCUCGACUGUUCUCUGUGCUCACCUAAUGCCCCAUAAAUAGGUGCCUGGACAUCCUCAACUCGCUCCUCAAUGCCGUCACGUCACCCCGAGUCUGAGCACAUACCAAGAUACCCAAUGACAUGAAGGUUACAGGGACAAGCUGGCCCCAGCCCGCAAGCUAUGAGCCACUACCUGGAUCGCCAGUGCACCUUCGCCAUCCUGGUGGCCUCACAGCUGUUGUUCCUGGUCUACUACUCCUUUGGAGGCCUCCAGAACAUCACCAGCUUUUUCAGCUGGACUGGCCAGCCCAUCUGGGACUACACCAAAACUCACGACGUCUACACCAACCUCAGCCUGAUCCAGCAGCCUCCCUCGGGGGCAGACGGAUUGCCAAACUGCCCAAAGAAGUCUCCCUACUUGGUCGGUCCACUCAGUAUCCAGUUUGACCUGGUCCCGCCUUUCGCGGUCAUCGAGGCCAGGAACCCGCUCGUGCAGGCAGGUGGGCUUUACUCUCCCCCGAACUGUGUCCCUCAGUACCGCACAGCCAUUAUCGUGCCCCAUCGCAACAGGGAGACUCACCUCCGCCACUUCCUCUACUACCUGCACCCCUUCCUGCAGCGGCAGCAACUCCAAUACGGCAUCUAUAUCAUCCAUCAGGCAGGAAACCAGACUUUCAACAGGGCAAAGCUGCUCAACGUUGGGGUGAAAGAGGCAUUACGAGACGAGGAAUGGGAUUGUCUCUUCCUCCACGAUAUCGACCUGAUUCCAGAGAAUGACCACAACCUCUAUGUUUGUGACUCCGAAAAUCCUAAGCACGUGUCCAUUGCUAUGAACAAGUUCGGAUACAGGCUUCCAUACAAGACUUACUUUGGUGGAGUAUCAGCAGUAACACCAGAACAGUAUCUCCAGAUGAAUGGCUUCCCCAAUGAAUACUGGGGCUGGGGUGGAGAGGAUGAUGACAUCGCCACCAGGCUGCAUUUGGCUGGUAUGAAGAUCUCUCGCCCAGCCUUGUCUCUGGGCCGAUACAAGAUGAUCAAACACAAAUUGGACAAGGGUAACGAAGAGAAUCCCAAAAGGUUUGACCUUUUGUUCCGGACCCGGAGAUCCUGGAGACAGGAUGGGAUGAACUCCCUGACCUAUGUGACGCUGAGCCGGCAACGGUUGCCGUUGUUCACCAACAUCACCGCCGACAUCGGCCCGGGCCCCAGUGCGACAGGCAGCACUCAGCGUGGACCACUGGCCCAGAGUGCCAAGGGGCAAGAGGCUGGAGCCAGCAGAGCCUUAGGAGGCACGUGACCGUCUGUGCGAGAGACCCACGCACAAGACCACUGACCGGAUUUAUCACAAGACUCCAGAGAGAUUUGGGAAGUUUGGGAUGGUGUUGGGAUUGAGUCUGCUCCCCUCUCAAUUGGUGGCGUCUAGAUCAUUUGCCUUGGUAGCAGUUUUGUCUGUCUCUGUGUGUGUGUGUGUGUGUGUGUGUGUGUGUGUGCGCGCGUGCGUGCACACAGGUGUGCACCUGUAUUUGCAUGUGAGCAUCUGUGCGGGAGUGUGUACGCACAGCGACAAUUGGAACUGCACGUGCAGGGUGACAGCCUGACUCCCAGCCCGCUCCAUCUCAAAGCAAAGCACUGAAGGGUGUUCAGCUGGGUGAGGCAUCACAGCUGAGCCCCAAGUGACGUCCCCCUCUAAUAGAAACGAGACAGGUUCCAUGGGGUGGUACUUGGUUUUUUUUAAGCUGAGUGGUGCUGGAGGCUUGUAAAUAGAUGGAGUGUGACUGUCUCUAUAUUUAAAUGGUGUAGGGUGGUGCUUGUAUUUGAACCAAUCACCGUAACAUUUGUAUUUGAAUGGAUUGUGGCAAUGUUUGUAUUUGAAUUGUAUGGGGCAACAUGUAUUGGUAAGUGAGUGGGCUGAUGUUUACGUGUGUGUGUGUGUGUGUGUGUGUGUGUGUGUGUGUGUGUAUGUGUAUUUAAAAAUACAAAAUGUGCUUUAAAUCUGUUCUUGAUUUUCUAGUGAAAUUCACUCUUACCAAUUUCUGGAAAUAAAUAGUCUAAUUUUUAUAAUA